AUGAUUACUGCUGCUUUGACCAUUAUUGCGUUAAAUUCAGACUCAGAUUUAUACGGUAAUGUGAAUAAAACCCAGAACACUAUGGGAUUUAUAUGGGAUAUUAUGGGAUCUGCUCUCCAUGGACUCAUAUUCGCGCUUUCUGAGUUAUUGUUUGUGAAGCUAUUGGGAAGAAUCUCGUUCCAUGUGGUGCUGGAGCAGCAGGUCAUGGUUUCUUUAUUUGCAUUUAUAUUUACAACAAUGGGUGUUGUUGUGGAUAGGAGUUUCCAAGGAAUGGAAGAAGAGGCCAGAAAUUUCAAGGGUGGAAAAAGUUCAUACUGCAUGGUUCUUGUUUGGGGUGCGAUAACAUUUCAAUUAGGAGUGUUGGGUGCCACAGCAGUGCUGUUUUUAGCAUCAACUAUGCUUGCAGGGGUUCUAAAUGCUGUCAGAGUGCCACUCACAAGCAUUGCAGCAGUCAUACUGCUAAAUGACCCCAUGAGUGGUUUUUAUGGGAGUAGACCUUCUAAGCAAGAUAAUUCUGCAGCUUCAACUGAUGAUGCUGCAGCUGGCCUAUGA